UUUCAGGCUGCCGCUUCUUGUGCCGCCUGUGACUUCCGACUUCAUCUGCAUCGGCUCCAUUGAUUCCAUCUCUCAUCUACUCCAACAGUUGGUCCGAUUAGAAAGGACUGACAAGUCUCAACCACCGCAGGGGAGAGUUGUUUCAACCCUUUGUUGGCGGCUUGGCUUGGUUCUCAAAAUCAGACGCCAUAUCCAAAUGUGGGCUCUUAGUUCUCCUCAACCCAAUGCUCAGCCGUCUCCUUCAUCAGCCUUCAUCCCACGUACCUCCCGGAAGCCGCCCGUUUGUUUCGUAUCCUUGAAUCCUUCGACCUCGACCACAGCUGACAAUAACCAGCUUAUACAGUCUCUAUGCAAACAAGGCAACCUGAAGCGGGCCGUGAAGCUGAUGAGCGAAGAGUCCAACCCGACUCAACGGACCUACGAGCACCUAAUUCUCUCUUGCAUCCACCAAAGUUCGCUCGUCGAUGCACAGUGGGUUCACCGCCACCUCCAUGAGAAUGGGUUUGAUCAAGAUCCCUUCUUGGCAACGAAACUUAUCAAUAUGUAUUCGUCUCUGGACCUGAUUGAUGAUGCACGCAAGGUGUUUGACAAAACUCGGAAGCGAACUAUUUAUGUUUACAACGCGUUGUUUCGAGCGCUUUCGUUGGCGGGCCAUGGGGAAGAGGUCUUGAACUUGUACCGCACGAUGAGUUCUCUUGGGAUGCCUUCUGAUAGGUUCACGUAUACAUACGCCCUCAAGGCUUGUGUUGCUUCCGAGUGUUUAGUAUCGUUGCUGUGGAAGGGAAAGGAGAUUCAUGCUCAUAUUCUGCGACAUGGAUGGCGGUCAAAAAUGUGGUUUCUUGGAGUGCCAUGAUUGCUUGUUAUGCGAAGAAUGGGAAGGCUUUCGAGGCAUUGAAGCUCUUCAGGGAAAUGAUGCUCAAAACAGAAGAGGAUGUAGGUCCCAAUUCUGUGACAAUGGUCAGCGUCCUUCAAGCUUGUGCUGCUCUUGCAGCCCUGGAGCAAGGAAAGUUAAUACAUGGAUACAUUCUGAGGAAUGGUCUUGAUACCAUCUUGCCAGUAAUCAGCGCACUGGUCACAAUGUACGCAAGGUGCGGCAAACUCGAAGUGGCACAACAAGUUUUUGACGGCAUGGAUAAACGAGAUGUCGUCUCUUGGAAUUCUCUGAUUUCAGGGUUUGGAGCUCAUGGGCAUGGGAAGAAAGCAAUAGAUAUUUUCAAAGACAUGAUCAGUUGCGGUAUAUCACCAAGUCCUGUGUCGUUUGUCAGUCUUCUGGGAGCUUGUAGCCAUGCAGGUCUUGUGGAUGAAGGAAGAGCAUUGUUUCAGGCGAUGAGAAAAGAGUAUGGGAUAAUUCCUAGUGUGGAACAUUAUGCUUCCAUGGUGGAUCUUCUAGGGCGGGCCAAUAAGUUAGAGGAAGCAGCUAAAUUCAUCGAUGAUAUGCGGAUAGAACCAGGGCCUAAGGUCUGGGGAUCUCUCCUUGGAUCGUCUAGGAUUCAUUGUAACGUUGAGUUUGCAGAGAGGGCGAGCACAAAGCUUUUUCAACUCGAGCCUGCAAAUGCUGGGAACUACGUGCUGCUGGCUGACACUUAUGCAGAAGCUGGUAAGUGGGACGAAGUAAAAAGAGUUAAAAAGCUCCUUGAAUCCAGAGGACUACAGAAAGUCCCCGGUCGCAGCUGGAUAGAAGUAAAGAGGCAAAUACAUUCCUUUGUCUCGACUGAUGAGUUUAAUCCUCAAAUCGAGCAGCUACAUGCUCUGCUGUGUGAAUUAUCGUCGGAGAUGAAGGAGAAAGGAUAUGUGCCGCAGAUCAAAGUGGUGCUAUAUGACCUUGGGGAAGAGGAGAAAGAGAGGAUCGUGCUUGGCCACAGCGAAAAAUUAGCGCUAGCAUUUGGACUCAUCAACACCAGCAACGCAGAGCCAAUUCGGAUCACCAAGAACCUGCGGCUGUGUGAAGAUUGUCACUCCUUUACCAAGUUCAUAUCGAAGUUUGCACGUAAAGAGAUUCUGGUGAGAGACGUGAAUCGCUUUCACCAUUUCCGUGAUGGGGUGUGUUCUUGUGGGGAUUAUUGGUGAGAAUCAAGAUCAUUCUUUACUCUGUUUCUCUUGAGUUGCUUCUGCUUACAUUCUUGACAAAACAGAUGCCGAAAGUUUUCUGUCUUUUCGGGGCAACGUGUAUAUCAGCGCGUACACCUUACAGUUUUGAGAAAAUAAUACACCCUUAUAAGAUAUGGUAAUAGCCAUUCCAUCUGAUUACUUUA